GAAUCGAGUCUUGAAGAUGUUGACGUAUGACGUCGCCGAAAACAAAACUCGCGGCGCCCAUGAAACGCGCGCGUACCGGGGAGCAGGCGAGGACGGCCGUCAGUCUGUGCGUGACGUGCCUACGAGCGGGUGAGGCGAGCAGGGAACAGCCUCUGGCACUGGAUUCGUCGCGCCCGCCGCCAUGAAGACCGACCCGCACGACGACCCCCGCGACCCGGGCGCGCUGCAGCAGCCCGACCGACCCGCGCCGCCGUGCCCGCCGGGGCUGCGGGGCGUGGUGCUGAGCGCCGGCCAGCUGCAGGCCGAGCGCUGCUCCUGCCCGGAGAAGCGGGAGCUGGGAAGGCAGGAAGCGCAGCAGGAGCAGCAGGCCCAGAGGAACAUGCAGCAGGUGUUCCAGGGGGCGCAGCAGAAGGGCGCCGCCAUGGGCAAGGAGCAGCAGGGCCUCAUGGGCCCGGGGCCGGCGCCCACCAAGCACGAGGUGCGGCCGCUCGUCGCCGACCCCCUCCGGGAGAAGGACCCCGCGCGGAAGAAGUUCUCGCCCCUCGUCCGCCAGGUGCUGGCCGCUGCCGGGCCCGUCAUGGCCACGAUCAGCUCCGGGAUGACCACCGGGUACUCGGCGGUGUUGCUGCCGCAGCUCGAGCACCCCAACUCCACCAUCCCCAUCAGCUACGGCCAGGCGUCCUGGAUUGCGAGCAUGGCCCCGCUACCCAUGGCGCUGGGCUGCCUCCUGUCCGGGCUCCUGCUGGACCGCCUGGGCCGGCGCCGCUCGCAGCUCGUCAUCUGCGUGCCCUUCACCAUCGGCUGGGUGCUGCUGGCCGUGGCGCGCGACCUGCCCGCCAUCCUCGGCGGCCGCUUCCUCACCGGGCUGUGCGUCGGCCUCGUGGGGCCCCCCUCGCUCAUCUACAUCGGCGAGACGGCCGAGCCGGCGUACCGCGGCCUCCUGCUCGCCGCCAUCUCGCUGGCCGUGGCCGUCGGCAUCCUGGUGGCGCACGUGCUGGGCACGGUGCUGCACUGGCGCCUCACCGCCUGGCUGUGCGCGACCGCGCCCCUCGCCUGCAUCGCCUUCCUCUGCCCCUCGCCCGAGUCCCCCGUCUGGCUGGCCUCCAAGGGCAAGCUGGCCGAGGCGUCCAGGGCCUUCAGGUGGCUGCGGGGCUUCGACGAGGCGGCGUCCCUGGAGCUGCAGGGCCUCCUCGCGAAGCACGGCGCCGCGGCCUUCCCUGAGGGCGCCAAGGCCCCCGGGCCGCCCCCGCCUACCGUCAGCAGUGAGGUGGCUGCCCUCCCGCUGUGGCGCCAGCUGCUGCACCGCUCCUUCCUCAGGCCGUUCAUCAUCAUCGCCACAUUCUUCUUCCUCAUGCAGUUCAGCGGCGUGAACGCGGUCGCCUUCUACACGGUGAGCAUCAUGAAGGACGUCGGCGGCGGGCUGGACGAGUACGUGGCCACCAUCAUCCUGGACGUGGUGCGCGUGCUCAUGUCGUGCGCCGCGUGCGUGCUGCUGCGCCGCGUGGGCCGCCGGCCGCUGGCCGUGCUCAGCUCCGCGGCCACCGGCGUGUCCCUCAUGGGGCUGGCCGCGCGCCUGGCCUUCGGGGACCCCGCCAGCCACGCCUGGAUGCCGGUGUCCCUGCUGGUGACGUACAUCACGGCCGUGUCUGUGGGGCUCGUGCCCCUGCCCUGGGUCAUGGCGGGAGAGGUCUUCCCCGGCAACUUGCGUGGACUCAGCGGUGGCGCCACCUCCGCCCUCAACUUCCUCUUCUUCUUCGCGGUGGUCAAGUCGGGGCCUUCCCUCUUCGCCACGUUCUCGCCACCCGGUGCGUUCGCCUUCGCCGUGUACGGUAGCGUCGCGCUGUUGGGCUCCGUGUUCCUGCUGCUCUUCCUGCCAGAGACCAAGAACAAGACGCUGCAGGAUAUCGAGGAUGAGAUGGCGGGGGCGCGUAGACCACGGGCGGACGGCCGGGACAAGGCCGGCUUGCCGGUGCCCUGAGAUGGACGGGGUCAUCUUCACCUCGCUGAACGUUGGAGUCUGCCCGAUCCUGGUGACGACUAAAAGGACCGGGACUCGGGGAGACGGUGCUUAACGGUGCUCUAGUGGCGGCAACCGUUGCCGCAGCCACUCAUCUACGCACCUCAAACAUAUCCCGCGCUCGAACGGACGCUCUUGAAUCGAGCGUGGGGUAUGGCCGGGACGAUGUGAACUAAAAGAGGAGGAACUUGGCUGUGACUGAGACUUCAGCUUGUUGGAUGGAGAUGUAGAACAGUGCCAAACGCAUAUGGCGUGUGUGUAGUACAGGGCGGGCCAUCGGCACUGUUCUUUCCUCUGGUGAUACUGUACCGGAUGCAGGCGUGCGAACUGGUUGCAUACUUGCACGGGGCCGUGAGGCGUCUCAGUCAGCUACUUUAGGCAGCGGCCGCCCGCACGCCUGCAUCCGGCACAUUAGAACCAGAAGAAAGAACGGCGCCGAUGGACUACCCUGUACGAUACGGAGCUAUACCCGAUCAUUCAACUUGAAUCGGACAACGGGUCAGUGGACCAGUGGUAUACUCCUUGGUUGAAAUAGUAGCUGAGCCCAAGUAUAUGUAUAUUGUAUAUAAUGCCCUUAUUUUAUACUUGUAAUAUUUGUUUUAAUAUGAUUGUACUUAUUAUUAUUAUUGUAAUCUCGUACUUAAAAUGAAACCGAUGACUCGUUUA